AUGCUGCUUAGCGAGGCUAAAUCGAGUUGCAGCGAGACGGUGACACCACUGACGCAAACCGCGGGUUCAUCUAAACGGGGGAGAAGUGCGAUAACCCCGGAAGUGGUACCAUCGGUGCAGAAGAAGCCUAAAAGUGACGCUUCGGGGAACCUCGUAACCGAAACUCCCAUAACCGAAACGUCCGACGAACUGCCGUGGACCACCAUCGUUAAGCGGAGGCAGCAAGAGCCCAAGAAGACGACUACCGAGCAAGCGGGUAAGGCAGCAGUCCUGCCAAAGAUGGCCUCUCAAACGCGCCACAAAACGGAAGCGAUAGUAGUGGGGCUCAAAGAAAAGGAGUCGUACGCCGACAUUCUGCGAAGGGUGAAGGCGGAUCCGAAACUGCAAUCGCUUGGGAAGCAAGUUUCCAAGGUUAGACGCACGAGGGAGGGAAACCUGAUUUUCGAGCUGAAGCGAGACAAUGCAGUAAGCGGUAGCGACUUCAAGGACCUGCUACAGGAUUCCGUGGGAGAAGUCGGUCAGGUCACAGUGCGAGGAAAUGUUGCGACACUUGAAAUUCGCGACAUAGACGAGGUGACUAGCCCGGAAGAUGUUGAACGCGCGCUAAAAGCGAGAUUCGAACUCGGUACCACUCGCCUCGACAUCAACAUAAAGCCGGCAUUCAACGGAACGCAGACAGCCUGCAUAAAAAUGGCAGCCAAGCAAGCGCUGCUUAUAGCGGCAGCGAGAGAGGUAGAAAUUGACUGGUCAAUUUGCCGAAUCCACAUUCUGCCACAAUCGCGAAGGUGUUUCCGCUGCUGGGAAUACAACCAUGUGCAGCGAGACUGCAAGGGACCGGAUAGGAGAAACAACUGUCUGCGGUGCGGCGAGGAGGGCCACCAGGCUCGCACGUGCACCAAACCGGCAGUAGUGGUUGAGGAAAAGGGCGAUGUGGUCAUUCUGUCGGAGCCGUAUCAAGCACCGAAAGGCGGCAGCAACAACUGGGUUUCGGACAAAACAGGCAAGGCUGCAAUCUGGGCUGCGGGAAGAUUCCCGAUUCAGAGAGUGGUCUCCUGUACAUUCGAGGGUUUCGUGAUCGCCGAAGUAAACGGAGUGUGCAUCUGCAGCAGCUACGCACCGCCAAGCUGGGAGCUGAAAAGGUUCAACGAGAUGUUGGACAACCUAGUCGCUGAACUCAGUGGGAUUAGCGACGUGAUCAUCGCCGGAGACUUUAACGCAUGGGCCGUUGAAUGGGGGAGCAUUCGCACGAACAACAGGGGAGAAGCGAUACUGGAGAGUUUCGCCCGGCUGAACGUUGUCCUGGGAAACGUUGGCUCCACUCCUACAUUCAGCAGGAACGACAGGACGUCGAUUAUCGACAUUACGUUCUGUAGUCCCGUCCUGGCGCAACACCUAAACUGGCGAGUGAGCGAUACGUAUACCCUGAGCGAUCAUCGAGUUGUCCGGUAUAGCAUCGGGAAAAAGCGCAUAACACUGCAGGUUCCGUCAAACAAAAUGCGAGGCUGGAAAACCCGGAUGCUCAACAAAGAACUUUUCUUGGAAGCGCUUAACUUCGGCGAUUUUGGAAUAGUUCGAAAUGCUCCAGAUCUUGUAGCUGCUCUGUCCACGGCGUGUGAUGCCACGAUGCCCCGUAGAAAGCCACCCCGUCAUUCCCGUACUCCUGCCUACUGGUGGGACUCUACCAUCGCGAAGUUCCGGUCUGAUUGCUUGGCAGCCCGCAGAAAAAUGCAACCGUUCACAGUCCCGGAGUCCGAACCUGAGCCGAUUACAGUCGACGAGAUCCUCAGGAUCGCUGACCGCCUCAAACCAGGAAAAGCACCCGGGCCGGAUGGACUUCCUAACGAGGCAGUCAUGGUGGCCAUGAAAGCGUAUCCGGCAGUGUUCCAAACCGUGCUGCAGACCACUCUCCUGUCUGGGCAGUUCCCGUCGUUGUGGAAGAAGCAAAAGCUGGUUCUAAUACCAAAGCCGGGCAAGCCACCGGGUGACCCGUCAGCCUUCAGGCCGUUGGGUCUCAUCGACACCAUGGCUAAGGUUCAGGAGAUGACGCUUCUGGAUCGUUUGGUUCAAUACACGGAAGGCGAACACGGGCUUUCUGAGCGCCAGUUCGGUUUUCGGAAGAAGCGCUCAACGGUUGACGCAGUACUGGCGGUGCUCGAGAAAGCUUGUCCGGACGCCGACGAGACGGCAGAACAUGUCAUGUUCGGCUGUCCAAGGUUCAUCGCCGAACGUCAGCAGCUGAACGACAUGUGCGAUACGGAGGUUGGGCACUCAAACUUGGUGCAGCUGAUGCUCCAGAACAGCAAUAUGUGGGAGGCUGCGUCGUCGAUGAUGCGCCAGGUCGUUACAAAGCUGCAGCGGUGGUGGAGAGAAGACCAGAUGCAUGGUCUUGCCUGA